UGUCCUCCAUGUUUUCCUGUGGGAAGGUGACUGAGAGGAGAGGGCGGCCACUGCACUAGCCUGGAGCCCCCAAGCACAGGCCUGACAUCACGACUCUUAUCCAGCCACACACGGGCAAAGGAAGAAGCAGGGAAGUGACAGACAGCCUGGAGCAGGGGGCAGGAUUGGGCGUCAUGUGACACGGAUCACGUGUGCCGAGAGCUGGAGGAGGAGGUGGUGGUGAGGGAGGGGGGUGGCAGAGAGAUAGGCCCUGCAUAGAAGACACAAGACGGGCAGAGGAAAGCUGCUGCUACGUGGAGGCAGCCACAAGUUUGCACCUGGUCUGACGCACCUCCUCCAAAUUCCCUACAGCGAAGCACUGCCAAAACCACCUUUAUUGCUUCCCGUUGUUGCCAUCAUGCAGACAGCCAUGCACAUCGCUUAAGUCAUCAAACCAUUUACACCGUCAUUCUCAACUACAGAUGAGUAGACUGGUGUGUUGUCCCCAUACUAACUUGAAAACGUAAAGCAGCAUAACGGAAGUAACGCUGGAUUUUGAAAGAGAAAACCAUUCAGAAAUUUGAAAGACCCCCGCCAAUCCCCCCAGCUUUAUUAUCAUAGCUGACUUUACAAAGCAGCAGUAAAAAAACAUAUAAUUAAAAAAAAAAAAAGGAAAUGCCUAUGCUUCGAGACAUCAAAGGCCAGUGAAUAGCAAUGUCUAAUGUGUAUUGAUGGUGUGAAAGAGAACACGUUAGAAAUAAGGCAAGAAAAGUAUGGGCAUUCUUUUGACAAAUAGACUUCACUGUGUGAACUGGGUCGUGAAAUUAAGUCACUUUUUUGCCUCCACCUCUUUUGCUCACCUCUUCUCACUUCCUCAAAUGACUUAAAUACCAUUUAAAUUAUAAUGCGGCGGUUGACUGGUUCUUGCCUACUUUCUCCUGCUUCAACCUUACAAAUGACCAGAGGCUUGAAGUUGCAAUUCUCCAGUAACUACUUGUAAUGCUUGGGAGAUAAAGCAAAAGAUAAAACAAUUCUGUGCAAAGGAAACCUUUUUGUCUCUUUUUUUUUUCUCCACUUCACUUUAUUUUUAUUUUUUGUAUUUUUUUUGCUCUUUUUUUUUCCUACUUACUGGAAUUAUUAUAUUGCACUUAAUCUGGUCAUUAAGUUUAUCUUGUACAGAAAAUAAAAAGGAAGUCAGACUAAUAGGAUAAUGAAUGCAUUGUUCACGUAUCAGCGUUUUAGGAAGAGCAGGGUAAUUCCCAGCUAGCAGUACUAUCAGCUGGUUGGAGUGAACAUGGGACAGUGUCUACUUCCUAUACACAAUUCUCUUGUUGGACCUAGUAAGGAUUGUUGUUUUUUGGACUGUCAGUAUGUCUGAUCACACAGGUUGAACAUUCUUCAGUGGUCAGCUGACAACCUAAAUGAGGUUUGCAAUAGCUGCACUGUAGAGAACUAGAAGUUGAACAGUUUUGUCUUAUUUUUUGCACAACUGGAUGUUGUCUAAAGCUGUUUGGGAAAAAAAAGUUGGCCUGGAAAUUACUUUGCACAGUUUGUGUGCCUUUUCCUUCUGCUUUUUAUGCAAAUAUGUGUUGGCUGCAAGAACCUGCCAGAAAGUGAGUUGCCGUUAGAAAACGAUAUGAGUUAAUGUAGUUUUGCUGUUCACCUAGAGGAAUCCGGUGUCUGUACUUUAAGCCUUAAAUACUUGAAACCUUUACAAUCCUCGACUUUAUGGAAUCGUGUCUGUGAUGUUAUUGGACGGCUCUAUUACUAUCCUGGAACUGUAAUCUCAGGCUGCAUAAAUUUUUUGGCGUAGUAAGUUGCUGAUCAGACACAUUGCGAGCUGAAACAGAAAGCGGGCCGAGAAACCAUGAUUGUCCAAAGGGAAAUCAACCACACAACCUUCAUGACAAGAAUCCAGAGUGCUGGUUAAUUUUAUAAGCCAAAUUUCCGUAGUUUUGUACAUGAAUAACUGUUACUAUGCAUUAAGAGGAUUUUCAUAGGCACUGGCCACUUAACAUACUCAAGGUCAGCUUUAACCCUUUGAGAACUUUGCUCGCAUUUCAAUGCACAUGACUUGGUUUAUUAACUUAAUUUAUUUUUAAAAAAAUUUCUGAGGAGGACUGAGAACUGAACUUUGUGUAAGCAUGUACGCAUCGGUGGAGCAUGGGCCUGUUCUUUGCAGUGAUUCCAACAUUUUAUGCCUUUCUUGGAAAGGAAGGGUGCCAAAAAGUGAGAAGGAGAAACCGGUGUGUCGAAGACGCUACUAUGAGGAAGGCUGGCUAGCUACAGGUAAUGGAAGAGGAGUUGUAGGUGUUACAUUCACCCUGAGCCAUUGUAGAAGAGACCGAAACACACCUCAGAGAACCAACUUCAACCUUCGAGGCCACAACAGUGAGGUGGUGCUAGUGAGAUGGAAUGAACCUUUUCAAAAGUUGGCAACCUGCGAUGCGGAUGGAGGAAUAUUUGUAUGGAUCCAGUAUGAAGGCAGAUGGUCUGUGGAACUGGUUAAUGAUCGUGGAGCACAGGUUAGUGACUUUACUUGGAGUCACGAUGGCACUCAAGCUUUGAUAUCAUACCGAGAUGGAUUUGUUCUUGUGGGCUCAGUGAGUGGUCAGAGACAUUGGUCAUCAGAGAUAAACCUGGAAAGUCAAAUCACCUGUGGUAUUUGGACACCGGAUGAUCAACAGGUUCUCUUUGGCACUGCAGAUGGCCAGGUUAUAGUUAUGGACUGCCAUGGUAGGAUGUUGGCACAUGUUCUUUUACAUGAGUCAGAUGGCAUUCUGAGCAUGUCAUGGAAUUACCCCAACUUUCUAGUGGAAGAUAGCAGUGAAAGUGACACAGACUCUGAUGACUAUUCUCCACCUCAAGAUGGCCCUGCUGCAUAUCCCAUCCCAGUGGAGAAUAUUAAGCCACUACUUACUGUUGGAUUUACAUCUGGAGAUAUUAGCCUGAUGAACAACUAUGAUGACCUGUCACCAACCAUCAUCCGCUCAGGACUGAAAGAUGUGGUGGUUCAGUGGUGCACUCAAGGAGAUUUGCUGGCUGUCGCAGGGAUCGAGAAACAGAAUCUGUUAACUGAUCUUGGAAAUGGUCCAUCCCCUAAAAGUGCCAUCAUCAAAUUUUACAAUGUCCGUGGAGAACAUAUCUACGCUCUGGAGACCCCAGUGCAGCGUCCAAUCACUUCCAUCUGUUGGGGCCACAGAGAUUCCCGCCUCUUUCUUGCUUCUGGUCCAGCACUCUACGUUGUUCGGGUGGAGCACAGAGUUGCUAACUUGCAGCUUCUCUGCCAACAAGCAAUUGCCAGCUGCCUCCGGGAUGACAAAGAUAUCACCAAACUCACCCUGCCUCCUCGGCUCUGUUCUUACCUCACCACGGCCUUUAUACCGACCCUUAAGCCUCCCAUACCUGACCCCAAUAAUAUGCGAGAUUUUGUCAGUUACCCGACAUCAGGAAAUGAGAGGUUGCACUGCACUAUGAAGAGGACAGAGGAUGACCCAGAGGUUGGGGGUCCAUGUUACACACUUUAUUUGGAAUACCUUGGUGGACUGGUGCCUGUUCUUAAAGGCCGUAGGAUUAGCAAGCUACGUCCUGAGUUUGUUAUAAUGGAUCCAAAAACAGAUGGAAAAACAGAUGAAAUCUACAGCAAUGGACUGAUUUCAACAGUUAUUGACAGCUGUAAUUGUUCUGACUCCAGUGACAUUGAAUUGAGUGAUGAUUGGGCGGCCAAAAAAUCUCCAAAGAUUGCAAGAGCUAGUAAAUCUCCCAAGCUACCUAGAAUUAACAUAGAAGCAAGAAAAUCUCCAAAGCUGUCAAGGGCUGCGCAAGAGAUUACAAGGUCCCCUCGAUUACCUAUAAGGAAGCCUUCAAUUGGGUCACCAAGCUUAACUCGAAGAGAAUUUCCUUUAGAAGAUAUCACACAGCAUAACUACCUUGCUCAGGUCACGUCCAAUAUAUGGGGAACCAAAUUUAAAAUAGUAGGAUUAGCAGCAUUCUUACCAGCAAAUCUUGGAGCCGUCAUUUAUAAAACAAGUUUGCUGCACCUCCAGCCAAGACAGAUGACCAUUUACCUUCCAGAAGUGCGAAAAAUUUCCAUGGACUAUAUUAAUUUGCCAGUAUUUAAUACAAAUGUUUUUAGUGAAGAUGAAGAUGAUUUACCAGUAACUGGAACUUCGGGGGCACCUGAAAACAACCCACCUUGCACUGUGAAUAUUCCCAUUGCACCUAUCCAUAGCUCUGCCCAGGCUAUGUCACCAACUCAAAGUAUCGGCUUAGUUCACUCUUUGUUAGCCAAUCAAAAUGUACAGCUAGAUGUCCUGGCCAAUCAAAUGGUAGCCCCAGCACCACCAGAUCAUCCAACAGAAAAUACUGUUCAGUAUUCAGCACAGAAUCGAUAUUCUAAUCCAGGGCAAGUCAUAUUUGGAGGAGUUGAAAUGGGCCGCAUGUUGCAACCUCCCCAGCUGCCUUUGCCUCAUCCACCUCAAAGUACAGUACAAAUGUCCAUUGACCACAACGAGCGAGAUCAUGAACAUCCCCAGAAGUCAAAACCUAUACGGCAGAUUCCUCAGUUUGCAGAAGGAGAUGCUGUUGUUUUCACCACUGUUCAAGAAAUGCAGUUGAACAAAUUAAAUCCUCCUCCUCCAUACCCCGGAACAAUUCCAGCUCCUCCUACUUCAGCAGCUCCUCCACCACCAAUCCCACAACCUCCUGUAGACCUCUGCUUAAAAAAGGGUGACUUUUCCCUGUUUUCUAGUGGGCACUACCAAACCCCACUAGGUUAUGAACGAAUAACAACAUUUGAUAGCAGUGGCAAUGUCGAAGAAGUGUGCAGACCACGAACCCGGAUGCUGUGUACUCAAAAUACCUAUACACUUCCAGGCCCAGGAAGCUCUGCAACACUAAGAGUUUCUGCAACAGAAAAGAAGAUUAAACAACCUUGCACUAGUGCCACACUAAAUAGGCUGACUGUCCCUCGUUAUUCUAUACCCCCUGGUGAUCCACCACCAUACCCUGAAAUUGCUGCACAGCUUGCUCAAAGCAGGGGUGCAGCUCAGAGAAUAGACAGCAGUCUCAUCCAUGCUACUUUACGGAGAAAUAGUCGUGAAGCUACUCUUAAAAUGGCUCAAAUGACUGAUAACCAGAGGGCUACACUACAACAUCCACCUAAAUCAAAGAGCAAUGUUGUGACUGGACAAUACCAGCAACGGACACCAACAGCAUUGUACACAUGUAGCCAGUGUAGUAGUAGUACUGGAGUUAUGAGUAGUAGCAUUAGUAAUCAUAAUAGUAAUAUGAGCACCAGCACCAUUGGUGCUGCAAAUAUUCGCCCUAACCUACUUUCAGCUUGUGGUCCACAGCAGAGUACUGUUAUAGUUCACUCUGCCAGCACAGCUCCUUUAGCAUCUCAGUCUUCUUAUAACCUUUUAAGUCCUGCUGAAAGCUGCAGAGACAGGACAGACUAUAUUAACUCUGCCUUUACAGAAGAUGAAACGGUUUCCCAGCAUUGCCAAGUAGAAAAGCCAGUCAGGCAUAUAAACCUGGCUGAGGCAGGACUUACUGUAAAGCGUCCACCACCAUACCAAUGGGACCCAAUGGUAAAUGAGGAUGUAUGGGUUCCACAGGAAAGGACAGCUCAUAACACAUUGCCAGUUCCCAAGAGGCCUCCACCCUUAAUACUUGGACAGGGCCAACAUUUAGAUAUGUCACGUGUGCCAUUUAUUUCCCCUAAGUCGACAACCAGCCCCAUUUCAACAUUCCAGUCAAAUUAUGGUGUUGGGAUACCUUUUGCUAGUGGGUAUAAUGUGCCACCUCCUAUCCAACAAGUACAAAAGCCUUGCUCCCCAAAGGAACCUCUAGCUCCAGCGCAGUUUGUGCAGCAGGAGCCGGCUAUAGUAGUACAGCCUGCAUAUCCACCCAAUCUGCCUUGUUGCCCCUUGCCACCCAUGUAUCCAGGAAGUAGUAAUUGCAACGGCUUGCAGCUCCCUGCAUUAGCUCUACACCCGUGGAACACAUACAGUGCAUGCCCCCCAGUCCCAAGCUCACAGACUUCCCUACCACCAAAACCUCAUUUGUUGCCAGAAAAAACUGUUCUAUCUCUUCCUCAGCCUGAGCUCCAAAGUAAUGUGGGUACUGAGGUAAUGGUAGAAACUGCGGAUAAUUUCCAGGAGGUCCUUUCCUUAACCGAGAGCCCUGUACCCCAGAGGACAGACAAAUUUGCUAAGAAAAAUCGAAAACGUUUGGAUAGCAGGGCAGAAGAGGGGAAUGUUCAGGCCAUUACUGAGGGCAAGGUAAAAAAGGAGGCAAGGACUUUGGGUGAUUUUAAUUCCCUCAUAUCUAGCCCCCGGCUUGGAAGAGAAAAGAAAAAGGUAAAAAGUCAGAAAGAUCAGCUAAAAUCCAAGAAGCUAAAUAAGACAAAUGAAUUUCAAGAUAGUUCUGAAAGUGAACCGGAACUCUUUAUCAGUGGAGAUGAGCUGAUGAACCAGAGCCAGAGCAAUAAAAAGGGAUGGAAAACCAAGAGAAACCUUAGGACAGCUAGUGACCUGGAUGAAUUUAAGUGUCGGAAAGCAAACGAUAAAGAUGAUGGCAGAUUGGGAAGCCAAGGAUUUGUAUAUGUCAUGGCCAACAAGCAGCCUCUUUGGAACGAGGCAACACAGGUCUACCAGUUAGACUUUGGGGGUCGGGUGACUCAGGAAUCUGCAAAAAAUUUCCAAAUAGAACUGGAAGGUAGACAGGUAAUGCAGUUUGGAAGGAUUGAUGGCAAUGCCUACAUUUUAGACUUUCAAUAUCCCUUUUCAGCCGUCCAAGCCUUUGCUGUUGCUCUGGCUAAUGUGACUCAGCGUCUCAAAUGAGCCUAGACUAUGACAUGGAAGCAAUUCAACUAGUGGAUAGAACAACGUUUGUAGUAUAGAUAGCUCCAAAGGGACGACAGAAGAAACAUUAAAUCAUUUCAACUGGAAAGAACCAUGACUUCUUGUGUGAAGACAUUCUUGUUAUUUUUUUUAUUUUAUUUUUUACAUGCAAUAUUGCUGAUGGUUGAACAGGAGCCAUUGUGGGUCAUGAUGGGAGCAUGGCUGUUGAUGGUUCUUUUGUGUUUGGUGCAAUAGAUGUUAGAAUAUUACAUGGAGAAACUGCCUUAUUUAUAAUAAUAUUAUUUUUUUGAAAACUGUAAACAAUGUGGUUUAUUGACCUGUUUUUUUUUUCAGUUUGUAGAAUCACAAACAAAAAAAUGCAACUAAAAAAUGUUUUAAUACUUGAAUGCAUUAAAAAUGGGGUAGUAGGUACUGAAGAUUGGCAUCAGUGUGUUAAGCAGAAAGUUCUUUGAUGAGGUUUUUCUACAAACUGUGUGUUUUUGUUCUGAGUGUUUUUGGUUUGGUUUUAAAAGAAUCUCUUCACCAAACCUAAAAAUUCUGUCUUGAUUUUCUUUAUAAAUGACAGUCCUUGCCACGAUAAAGGGACAUGGAGAAAAUAAAUGUGUUGCUGGGGCUGUAGUAAAACAAAAA